CUAAUGGUUGAGGCGUUUGCGCCUUACUUUCUGCAAAUGAUUGGAAGUCUUAAUGAUGCGAAUCAGAUCUGUAGAUCAAUCGAUAUGUGCUAUUCAAGUGGGGGCGUACAUAUGCUGGGAGGUCACAAGUGUACGUUUGGACCCACCUAUUGGUGUCAUACCAUAGCUCACGCCGAGUCCUGUAAAGCUACACAUUUCUGCAAAAACAAAGCAACUGUAAGCUAA